CCACCGGCGCCUCCCACCGCGGCCCACGCGGGAGGCGCGCGGAGGAGGGGGCGGGGGCAGCGGCGGCUGUAGCGGCCGCGACCUGGGCGGGCAGAGGAGUGUGACGGGCCUCGGGGCCGCUGUGGAUGGUUUCUAAAAUGAUCAUUGAAAACUUCGAGGCACUCAAGUCCUGGCUCAGCAAGACUCUCGAGCCCAUUUGUGAUGCAGAUCCAUCAGCCCUAGCAAAAUAUGUUCUCGCUUUGGUAAAGAAAGACAAAAGUGAGAAAGAGUUAAAGGCAUUAUGUAUUGAUCAACUGGAUGUAUUUCUUCAAAAAGAGACACAGAUAUUUGUGGAAAAGCUUUUUGAUGCUGUGAAUACAAAGAGUUACCUACCUCCUCCAGAGCAGCCAUCAUCAGGAAGCUUAAAGGUAGAAUUUUUUCAGCACCAAGAAAAAGAUAUUAAAAAAGAAGAGAUCACAAAGGAGGAAGAGCGAGAGAAGAAGUUUUCCAGAAGGCUAAAUCAUAGUCCUCCCCAGUCAAGUUCCCGAUACAGAGAAAAUAGAAGUCGUGAUGAGAGGAAAAAAGAUGAUCGUUCUCGCAAAAGAGAUUAUGAUCGAAACCCUCCUCGAAGAGAUUCAUAUAGAGACCGGUACAAUAGAAGACGAGGCCGAAGUCGCAGUUACAGCAGGAGUCGGAGUCGAAGUUGGAGUAAAGAGAGGCUUCGUGACCGGGAUAGGGAUAGAAGCAGGACUAGAAGCAGAAGCAGAACACGAAGCCGGGAAAGGGAUCUAGUAAAACCUAAAUAUGACCUGGAUAGAACAGAUCCACUAGAAAACAAUUAUACUCCUGUCUCUUCGGUACCAAAUAUUUCCUCUGGUCACUACCCUGUACCUACUUUGAGCAGCACUAUUACAGUAAUUGCUCCUACCCAUCAUGGUAAUAACACUACCGAAAGUUGGUCUGAAUUUCAUGAGGACCAAGUGGACCAUAACUCCUAUGUAAGACCACCAAUGCCAAAGAAACGGUGUAGAGACUAUGAUGAAAAGGGUUUCUGUAUGAGAGGAGACAUGUGCCCUUUUGACCAUGGAAGUGACCCUGUAGUUGUAGAAGAUGUGAAUCUUCCUGGCAUGCUGCCUUUCCCAGCACAGCCGCCAGUUGUUGAAGGACCACCUCCUCCUGGACUUCCCCCACCUCCACCAAUUCUUACACCUCCACCUGUGAAUCUGAGACCCCCAGUGCCUCCGCCAGGCCCAUUACCACCCAGCCUACCACCUGUCACAGAUGAUAUUUCUUAUUCUUUGGUUUUGACAGGACCACCACCUCCACUUCCUCCUUUGCAGCCAUCUGGCAUGGAUGCUCCCCCAAACUCUGCAACCAGUUCUGUUCCUACCGUAGUAACAACUGGCAUUCAUCACCAGCCGCCUCCUGCUCCACCCUCUCUUUUUACUGCAGUUUUUGUAUUACCAGAUACAUAUGACACAGAUGGCUACAAUCCUGAAGCCCCAAGCAUAACAAAUACUUCCAGACCUAUGUAUAGACACAGAGUGCACGCACAAAGGCCUAACUUGAUAGGACUAACAUCAGGGGAUAUGGAUUUGCCACCCAGAGAAAAACCUCCUAAUAAAAGCAGUAUGAGAAUAGUAGUGGAUUCAGAAUCAAGGAAAAGAACCAUUGGUUCCGGGGAGCCUGGAGCUCCUACAAAGAAGACCUGGUUUGAUAAGCCAAAUUUUAAUAGAACAAACAGCCCAGGCUUCCAGAAGAAGGUUCAGUUUGGAAAUGAAAACACCAAACUUGAACUUAGAAAAGUUCCUCCAGAAUUAAAUAAUAUCAGCAAACUUAAUGAACAUUUUAGUCGAUUUGGAACCUUGGUUAACUUACAGGUUGCUUAUAAUGGUGAUCCUGAAGGUGCCCUUAUCCAAUUUGCAACAUAUGAAGAAGCAAAGAAAGCUAUAUCAAGUACAGAAGCAGUACUAAACAAUCGCUUUAUUAAGGUUUAUUGGCACAGAGAAGGAAGUACCCAGCAGUUACAAACUACUUCUCCAAAGGUAAUGCAGCCCUUAGUCCAGCAGCCCAUUUUGCCUGUUGUGAAGCAGUCAGUCAAAGAGCGAUUGGGUCCGGUACCUUCAAAUACUAUUGAACCAGCAGAAGCACAGAGUGCCAGUUCAGACCUUCCUCAGAAUGUAACUAAGUUAUCUGUGAAGGACAGGUUGGGUUUUGUAUCAAAGCCAUCUGUUUCAGCAACUGAAAAGGUGUUGUCUACAUCUACUGGCCUAACUAAAACAGUAUAUAAUCCAGCUGCUUUGAAGGCUGCGCAGAAAACCUUACUCGUUUCCACCUCUGCAGUUGAUAAUAAUGAAGCACAGAAAAAAAAACAGGAGGCACUGAAACUUCAGCAAGAUGUAAGGAAAAGGAAACAAGAAAUUUUAGAAAAGCACAUUGAAACACAGAAGAUGUUAAUUUCAAAACUGGAGAAAAACAAAUCAAUGAAGUCUGAAGAUAAAGCAGAAAUAAUGAAAACUUUAGAGGUUUUGACAAAAAAUAUUACCAAAUUGAAAGAUGAAGUCAAAGCUGUUUCUCCUGGACGUUGUCUUCCAAAAAGUAUAAAAACCAAGACUCAGAUGCAGAAAGAAUUGCUUGAUACAGAACUGGAUUUAUAUAAGAAGAUGCAAGCUGGAGAAGAAGUCACUGAACUUAGGAGAAAGUAUACAGAAUUACAGCUGGAAGCUGCAAAACGAGGGAUCCUUUCAUCUGGUCGGGGUAGAGGAAUUCACUCAAGAGGUCGAGGUGCAGCUCAUGGCCGAGGCAGGGGUCGAGGUCGAGGUCGAGGUGUGCCUGGUCAUGCCGUGGUGGAUCAUCGUCCCAGGGCGUUGGAGAUUUCUGCGUUUACAGAGAGUGAUAGAGAAGAUCUUCUUCCUCAUUUUGCGCAAUAUGGUGAAAUUGAAGAUUGUCAGAUUGAUGACUCUUCACUUCAUGCAGUAAUUACAUUCAAGACAAGAGCAGAAGCUGAAGCAGCUGCAGUUCAUGGAGCUCGUUUCAAAGGGCAGGAUCUAAAACUGGCAUGGAAUAAACCAAUAACUAAUAUUUCAGCUGUUGAAACAGAAGAAGUUGAACCUGAUGAAGAGGAACAGAGAGAGAGCAUCAUUGCCUGAAUUUAGCUUUGUGACUACAACAGCAAGACCUGUUCCUGUCUGGAGACGACUGUUAUAAUAUCAUCCUAUCAUUUUAUGUUUGCUCUUUAUCAAUUUGAAUAGAUGUUUACAUGUACUAUAAUUCGCAUUUUGUCUUUUCGCAGUUCUCUAAUUGCUACAUCUGAGUCCAGAAGUAUGUCUGAGUGUGUGCUUUGUCUGACUUUGCUCUUAAACGUCUUCUCCCCUUACUUUAUAGCCAUUUAGUUUUUAAACACUAAGAAGGAAAAAGACCUCUUGGCUUCCUAAUAUGAGAUAAGUUCAGUCUCAGCCAAGUUGAAAAUUGUGUCUAGGAAAUCUAUAAAGCCAUGAUAUUGUGUUCAUUAGCAUGAACAAUUUAGAAUGAAGAAAAUGAUUAAAAAGUUAAGCAUUGGUCUGUUUUUAAUUUUUCCGGGUUUUAGGAUGCAUUUCUGGGGUUAGGAUAGUCACUUAAGUAAUUUUGAACAGAUGCUAAAAUACUUUUUUAUACACUGUAAUAACUUGCCUAUUUCUUCUAAAUAUACUUAACUGAAAUUGUUGCCAAGGCCACUUACCCAAAUAAUUUUUUAAAAAAGUUUCUUAGCUCUUCAAAGCCAACAAGGAGAAUAAUUUUCUUUUCAAGUAAUACAGGAUGAUCUGUGGAUUAUAAAUAUUGAGAAAUGUCUAUUAAAUGUCUAAUUUACACAGUUUUCCAUAUUUUCCUCACUUGCAAUCAAGACAUCAAAGACAAUCUUAAAAGCAAGGGGAAAUUGUGUUGUGUGUCUAACGUGUUUAAAAGGUGUAUGUUCAUAAUAUUUAUUUAUAAGCAAUAUGGGUUAGAAUUAUUUAUAAAGAGUGUGAUUAAAUCUGAUCCUAAAUAUUUACUCCAAAUACCUUUUUUUAUAAUGAGCAUCAUAUAAAGCUUUCAGA